AUGUUCGCCAGCGACUUUAUCGAAGACGCCGUGCAGAGGACCUCGCUCCAGGACGUGGCCCCCAACAUGCAAGCUGCGCUCUCUUCCCUCAGGCAGAUCGUCGCUAUGCAGAGCAAGGCCUCUUCUAAUCGAGACUUUCGGUUCCGUACGCAUCAGCCGCUUCCUCCAGGAGGUUUGCCUGAAUUGCCCAUGCCGCCGAUGAACGCCGUCGUUGCCUUGCUCAAGCAUAUGAAAGUUUCUCCCCCCAGCAUCUUCUCACUCGCAUGCUCCUUCCUCGAUGUUGAUGACCUGGCUGAGCUCUGCCGGAGAGUCUACUUCUGCACCGACAACUUUGCCGAUACCACCUUCAUCAUAGUGAAUGGCGCGCUCUUCUACUUGUUCAUGGAACAAGCAUACCUAGCAUCGGAUGCGACUGCGCGCGAAGAGUUUGAGAGGUACCAACAUAUGUGUCAAAACAAUCUGGAAAUGGCUCUAGCUUCCUUGCCUUUGAUGCUCCCUGCAAAGAUUGAGAGCAUAGAAGCCUUGCUCCUGGCGGCCGUUUAUGCUGUGGAUGUAUCUAAAGCGUCGCUCGCGUGGCUUUUCACAUCCACUGCUGCAAGCUUGUGUCAGACGCUUGGCUACCAUCGCGUAUCGCAAGUGAGGAGCGAGAGCGCCGGGCCUAGAGACAUCAAGACCCUCUUGUUCUGGCAUGUGUACAUGCUCGACAAAACUUUGUCCCUGAGAACGGGGAGGGCAUCGGUCAUCCAGGAUUGGGACGUGACCUUGCCGCGGCGGGUCGACAACACCAUGGUUGCGGAUCCAUGGGGUCUCAUAAUAACAACGUGGAUCAAGCAGGCUGAGAUUCAACACCGCGUUUAUGAACAAUUAUACAGUCCGCUUGCUCUGGGCCAGUCGCAAGAAGAGCGCAUCGAGACCGUGCGUCGCCUGGAAAAUGAACAAAAGACAAUCAUGGCCGCUGCGUCGCACGUGCGGGAGCAGGCUCUCUUCGGCCUCAAGGCCCUCAACGCAUCCUCCAUCUUGGAUAUACACCUGCGAGGCGACGAACUGACAUUUCAGUCCACGUUGACUCUCAUCUACAGGGCAUUGCCAGCGCCCGAAGGUUCGCCAACGCGGUUUUCUCAGGAAUGUAUAGACACGGCACGAUUUGCCAUGCAGCUGCACCUUGAAUGCAUGCAAAGAAUUGCAGAGGAAGGGCGGCAUCUUAAAGCAGUCUAUAUUCACUGCGCUGACGAUCUCAAGAAGCUGAAUGAGUUCGUUGCUUCACUUCGACCCGCAUGCGCCAUGUCGGAGCCGGUAGAGAAGCUUCACCAGCUCUGUUCAAUGCUCUGUAAUGUGGCAACGCUUUACGUGGAGAGCAAGUCCCAGCAAUCAAAUGAACGUGGCCCCAUCAACGACGAAUUUGAUGUCUAUCUGAGCGCGUUAGGAUUCCCGCCAACGGAAUAUCCUGCUCAGGGCAUGGAUACAAGCGACAUGUCGCAGCCUACCCUUCAAACUGCUCAACUGGGCAACUGGUUCUCAGGUAGCCAGUACAUGAUGGGAUUGCUUGAAGAAGACCUAUCCCAGUUCAAUUAG